AUUUAACACUACUCUCCUCUCCCUCUCUGAUUCUACCGCCCCCAAAUCCAUACAAGAAUCCCUUUACUUCUUAUCCCCCAUUAUACUUCGUCUCCGUUCGCCCAAUCUCUCUCUGUAAAAUAGUUUGCAAUCAGGGUAUUCGUUCAGCAAUGGCGUCCUUCACUGUCAAUUGCCCCAAAACAUCGCCUUUGUUUGCUUCUCACCCAAACCCUAAGCAGAAUCCUAAGCAUCGUAACAGCUCGGUUGUUUUGUUUCAAUCGGAUUUGAAUGCCAACCGCGCAUUGAUCGCCGGAUCCUCGUCUCUAGGAUUGCAGUCAUCUAAGAGGAACCAGAAUGACGUUAUGAGAGUGUCUGCUCAGCUUAAUGAGAUUGCCCUUGAGAAAUCAUCAAAUUCUGCACCAGCUUCAGACAAGUUGGAGGAAUCAACCAAGAUACCUCCUCCUGAGACCUCAGUUCCUGAUGCUGCAGCAAUCACUGCAUUUAUGAAUCAGGUGGCAGGGCUUGUUCAGCUUGUGGAUUCAAGAGACAUCAUGGAGCUGGAGCUAAAGCAACAGAACUUUGAGGUCCUUAUAAGAAAGAAGGAAGCUUUGCCUCUGCCUCCAGCUGCCCCUAUGGUUAUGAUGCAAUCUCAACCCCAGGCUAUGUACCAACCGCAACCACCUCCACCACAGUUUGCUCCUGCUUCUUCAGGACCAGCACCUUCUGCAUCCGCACCAGCAGCCUUACCUGCCCCUGCAAAGCCUAAGUCCUCUCAUCCUCCACUGAAAUGCCCAAUGGCUGGAACGUUCUAUCGGGCUCCUGCACCAGGAGCUCCUGCCUUUGUGAAGGUAGGAGAUAAGGUCCAGAAAGGCCAGGUUAUAUGCAUUAUUGAGGCAAUGAAGUUGAUGAAUGAGAUUGAGGCUGACCAAUCUGGAACGGUAGUCGAUAUUCUUGCUGAGGAUGGGAAACCUGUUAGCCUGGAUACGCCUCUACUUGUUAUUGAACCAUGAUGAGGAAGAUGAUGAUGAGUGCUACAUACAAGACAUAUUGAGCUUUUUUAGACUUUUGUUUGUUAUUUAGUUUCCUGUUUUGGAUGACUGUAAUUUGGUUUUCUUCUUCACCUUUUAUAAAACUAAUGCCUUUGAUUGUCCUUGACUUCAUUUGAGGUAAUUUUUCGAAACAAUCUGAUUAAUGAUGUUAUUGGCUUGUUAUUUUUGUAAAGCUUUGCUUGAAUUGGUUAUGCUAAAAA